CUGUGUGUUGGGUUAUGUAAGAAUGUUAUGAAUUCGUAACAACGCCCACUACGUAUCUAAUCCCCACCACAUAGGAGUUAAGUUUAGAUUAAAUGAAUAAACAGUGGCACUACCAUUUAUUUGUAUUCCAGUUACGACUCAAUAAGCGUGUACGAUUUCCUAUCAGUUGAAAUUUCCUAUCAUUCGGUGCGCUUCUAACGAUGUUUACUCUUCUGCUAAUAUUUGGAUUGGCGGUGAUCCUGUUCUACUAUGUAUUUCUUAAAUCCCAACUUUAUUGGUCAGACAGGAACGUCACGCAAGGCCCACCGAUUCCUAUCAUCGGAGAUAACUUAAAAACUGUAAUGAGAAAGGAAUCUUUUUUUGAAAUGAUCAAAAGACUUUACAUACGUUUUCCGAAUGAAAGGUAUACAGGCAUCUACCAGAUGACUACUCCAACACUGAUGCUGCGCGAUCCUGAUCUCAUCAAGCAGAUAGCCGUCAAAGAUUUUGAUUAUUUCACGGAUCGCAGAAGCUUCGUUCCCGAUGAUUGCGAUCCGUUGUGGAAUAAAAAUUUAUUCGUUCUUAAAGGUGAAAAAUGGCGUGAUAUGAGGGCAACAUUGAGUCCGGCUUUUACGAGCAGCAAAAUGCGCGCAAUGUUCACCCUGAUCAACGAUUGCUCCAAGAAGUUCGUAGAUUUUCACUUGGAAGCAAGUAAAGAUGGUGAAAUUACGGUGGAGAUGAAGGAUAUCUUCACGCGUUACUCGAACGACGUUAUAGCCACGUGCGCGUUUGGAGUAACUUGCGACUCGCUGAAGGAACCGAAAAACGAAUUCUACGAGAUGGGCAGAGAAGCAUCUGACUUCACCAGUUUUAUUAAAAAUCUAAAAUUUUUCCUAUACAUUUUAAUGCCGAAAAUAUCCAAGGUUAUUAAUAUCACUUUGUUCAACGAAAAAGUUAGCAAUUUCUUCAAGAAUCUCGUAAAAGAAACUAUAAAGUUGAGAGAAGAAAAUGGGAUCGUAAGGCCGGAUAUGCUGAAUUUGAUGAUGGAGGCGAGGAAGGGUAGAUUGAAGCACGAGGAAGCGAAUUUUAAUGACACCGGUUUCGCUACUGUCGAAGAAUCGCAUAUUGGAAAGAUGCAAAUGAAGAAGCAUGAGAUCACCGAUAUAGAUAUUACAGCUCAGGCGUUGAUUUUCUUCUUCGCCGGUUUUGAUACAUCAUCAACAUUGAUGAGUUUCAUGGCCUACGAACUAGCAGUCAAUCCUGACAUUCAGGCUAAACUUAUAGCCGAAGUUGAUGAUACUUAUGAAGAAUGCGAUGGAAAAUUGAACUAUGAGAAGUUGGCUACUAUGAAGUAUAUGGACUUGGUAAUCUCAGAAACUCUAAGGAAGUGGCCUUCGGUGAUUGCCGCUGAACGUGUUUGCGUUAAACCAUACACAAUACCUGCUGCUAAAGAAUCCGAAAGACCGGUGAAUCUUGUGGUCGGCGAUGCUGUAUGGUUUCCCAUCGUUGGUAUCCAUUAUGAUCCUGAAUAUUUCUCAAAUCCAGACACAUUUGAUCCAGACAGAUAUAGUGAAGAAAACAAGCACAACAUCAAUUCAAGCACAUAUUUUCCGUUUGGGAUUGGUCCGAGGAACUGCAUCGGUUCUCGCUUCGCCCUCAUGGAAACCAAAACUGUUUUCUUCCAGAUUCUCUCCAAAUUCGAAAUCACGGUUACAUCAAAGACAGUUAUUCCUGUUCGAAUGAGUAAGACACAGUUCAACCUUACUUCAGAAGAUGGCUAUUGGCUCGGUCUAAAACCUAGACAAUACGAUGCAUAAUUUGAGUUUUUUAGAUGAAUAUUAAUUUAUGCAUUUGCUUACAUUUAAUAGUGCUUC